UUGGCGCGGCGCAGGCGCACUGGGCCCUCCCGCCACAUCGAGUUGCAGGAGCGGCGGUGCAGGGAGAGCUGGAGCGCCGGGCUCAGGCUGCACCGAGAGCGCGGCGGCGGCGAUAGCAGCAACAGCGCCGGGCCCAAGCUGCACCGAGAGCGCGGCGGUAGCAGGGUCAGGCCGAGGCUGUGCCAGAAGAGCGGCGCCAGCGCCAGGCCCCAGCCAGACACUGCUUGUGUCCAGGUCAGGUGGUUGUAUUUAGCAGGGUUCGGGCACAAGCUACACCCUUCUUCAUCAGAAUUUCUGCUGAGUUUAUAUAGCCAGCAAGGAUGGCGACCGAAGACAAAAAAUCCGAGACAGAGUGCACAAAAACACAGUCAGCGCCUUCCUCCUCCAAUCAAAAUAAGCCUUCUGCAGUGAAACCGAACUAUACCUUGAAAUUUACAUUGGCCGGACACACAAAAGCUGUCUCCUCAGUUAAAUUCAGUCCAAAUGGAGAAUGGCUGGCAAGUUCCUCUGCUGAUAAAAUGAUUAAAAUAUGGGGUGCUUAUGAUGGCAAGUUUGAGAAAACCAUAUCAGGACAUAAACUGGGAAUCUCAGAUGUUGCCUGGUCAACGGAUUCAAACUUGCUUGUUUCGGCUUCAGAUGACAAAACCCUUAAAAUAUGGGACGUGAACUCGGGAAAAUGUUUGAAGACGCUGAAAGGUCACAGUAAUUAUGUUUUCUGCUGUAAUUUCAACCCUCAAUCUAACCUGAUUGUUUCAGGAUCGUUUGAUGAGAGUGUAAGGAUCUGGGACGUGAAGACUGGGAAGUGCCUGAAGACCCUGCCAGCUCAUUCUGACCCUGUAUCUGCUGUACAUUUUAACAGAGAUGGAUCCCUCAUUGUCUCCAGUAGUUAUGAUGGCCUGUGCCGAAUUUGGGACACUGCAUCAGGGCAAUGCCUUAAAACACUGAUUGAUGAUGAUAAUCCUCCUGUGUCUUUUGUGAAAUUCUCCCCAAAUGGGAAAUACAUUUUGGCAGCAACACUUGACAACACUCUGAAGCUUUGGGACUACAGUAAAGGAAAGUGUUUAAAGACCUACACUGGGCAUAAGAAUGAGAAGUACUGCAUAUUUGCCAACUUCUCUGUUACUGGUGGGAAGUGGAUCGUUUCAGGAUCUGAGGACAACUUUGUUUAUAUCUGGAAUCUCCAGACAAAGGAGAUAGUGCAGAAGUUACAGGGUCACACAGACGUUGUUAUCUCCACAGCCUGUCACCCAACAGAAAACAUCAUUGCUUCAGCGGCACUGGAGAACGACAAGACGAUCAAAUUGUGGAGAAGUGACUGUUAGAGAGCACCGUUACCACCAUGAGAACUGUGCCCUGUCCCUGCUUGGCUGACACAGGGGCAGGCCCCUCGUACUCCUGACGUCUGAGACUGUGCAGUCCCUGCUUGAACUGGUGACACAGGAUUACAGACCCUGUGGGAGCAUUGCAACAAAUCCCAUUUUUACUGCGGAUUCAUAACACUUAGCGAGUUAUUGUAUGCUUAAAACACACUCCCGCGCGUGCACAGAAAUGCACCCUCACAAACUCCCCUGACUAAAGAUUUUUUUUGUGACCAAAUCACUUGUGACUUUAUCCCAUCUCCAUUCUUGUGAAAAUUCUCUUUUAAUUAGUGGGUUUAGUUGGUAGUGGAAUGUUUUUAUAUAACUUGAUGUUGAUGGUUGGCUGUGUUUUUAAAAUUAGCCAGUCAACCUUUUUUUUUGUCUUUUAAAUUCCUCUUCUUGUGUGUCUCUUGGUAUUUGAUUGUCCACCAUCACCCUUUGCUCUUGCCCUCCACAUUUCCCUGCCCUUGCCUCAAGUGCUGCUAUGGCCUUGACCCUGAGUAACAUACCAGUUAUAAUGAUCAGUCACUGCCUCUGGCCUAGGGACAUUGGAGAGUCCUGCUACAGGUUUGCCAAACUCUUUCCCCCAGGAUAAGAUAGUUUAUACCUUCUGGGAAGAUUCCGAUUGGUAAAUGUACCCUUGCUGCUUUCUCCAUACAGAAUACUCCCAACAGUAUUUAGCCAUCACAGCAUUAUAGGCAGUGCUCCCAGCUAUCCUGGGCAUGGCUUGGGGGUGAGCUGUUUUGGGAUUGGUGCUACAUGAUGGCCUCCCCCUGCCUGUAGGUUUUGAGUGAAACAGCUCUGCCAAGAGAGAUGUAUUGGUGUCAUUCCCCACCUGCCCUUACAUAGUAUUGAUAGUCAUCUGCAGGGCUCUUGUGUUUGAGGUUGCCAGAAGGAGCCAAGUUAUGAGUUGCUCACAUGUACCAUACCUCCAGGUUUCAAAGCAAUUUUGUAGCUGAUUGUUGCUUGUAACUUUGGGUGCCUUUAUGGUUCUCUCCAUUCACCCGCCUCUUUUGUGAUAGGUCUCCUGGGGUGAGAGCAUUAGGGAUCGGACAUGUGGCACUAGUAGCUCUGAAGUUCAGUUCAGAAAUAUGUGGGAAUAAUUGUGAUUCGAUUUCCAUUGCACAGACCCAAAUCAGGAAAAAAGUCUCCUAAGCAAGCAUUUGAUUGAAUAGGGAGACAUUUUUAACUCAUUUUAGCAUCAGAAGGUUAGCAUUCCAAGUCGGUGGAUGGUUUUGGGGCUAGGUGUGCCUCUCAAUGCGGGACUGUGUGAUACAACAGGCCCCUGGUUCACCCCGCCAGCUCUGGCUUAUGGCAGGUGAGGCUUAUCUGUGGUCUCAAUGCCACUUGGCAAAGAGGCUUUAAACCAGCCAGGGUCCCUGCCCCUGACCAGAGCCUUCAAUUCGUAAACAGGUUCCCCAAGACUGCUUGGAAUCAGCUGAAGUCACAGAUCAGGAUUGAGACCUGGAUCUUCCUCAUCUGAGCUAUUUGAACAAGGCAACGUGGCAGAGCCAUGGCUGAAAUUUAUAGCAUCCUCCGAAUUGGUGAUAAUUGAGGGAGUUUGAAGCAGGGAGAUGUCUGGAGUAAUGUGGGAGAUGGAAGGGUUGUAUGGAAAUUGGGGUUGAAAUUUUCCCCCCAGAUUUUCCUCUGAUCUCCAGCACUGACAGAUUUUCCUGGUCAUGGUUUGUACAGGGCCUCAUGAUUUUGUGGAGCCAGUACCUUUUAAUAUUUUAGUUUGAGUUGAUGACAGUACUAUGUAAUAAGUAGACACUGUGGAAAUCUUUCCAUUACCUGUGAAUAGUGUUAUAGUAGUGAUGAUCUCUCCUGGAGCAUUGGAGUUGAGUCCUUCCAGCUCUCUGAGGUUUUGGUGUAAUUUCCCCUUGAUUUCCUGUUAAUACAAGAAGUUUGAACAUAAAACUUGUGUUUGUAUUGUUUUAGCCAGGUGUCAGUGACAUGUCAACUGGGAACAGGUACUGAGCUGUGAUCUACUUCUGUAAAAUAUGCAGAUCCUUGCAUAAUGGAGACUUUAAUUCUAAUGG